CAAAAGCAACACUGAAAGCCGAUAAGUAGAGCCACUCAUUUCUCUUAGUCCAUUCAGGGAAGAAAUCUGAUUAAACGAAACGUCGAGUUUCCUCAAGGACUUCAGUGCACGCAGCCCGUCGACGGUUUGAAGACGGUUACAGCUGAGAUUGAGCGUUCUGAGUGAAAUCAGACUUUCAAGAGACUCGAGUUUGCGGAUUUGAUUGGAUGACAAGUCUAAGUGUUGAAGGGAUCUUAGAAGUUCGAGAUUGUCGAUUGUCGAGAUGAAGUUGCAGUGGAGGUUGACUGUCGUUAGAUUCUUGUGCAAAUCGAGGUCUCUGAGGGAACGAACGCCGGCGUUGACAAGAAAUGUCGGAACAUGUGUGAAGCAUACAUGGAGCUACGCCGGACGUAGCAUUUCUCAACUACAGAAAGAAUACGAGCAGAGGAAGCAGGAAUGUGAAAGUUUUGCUGGUAUUCGACCGGUUUCUCCCCUCAGUGUUUUUGCAAACAGUGAGGUGGAUUUAGCCGAGAUUGAUGCAUAUGGGUUUGAUUUCGACUACACUAUCGCUCACUAUUCAAUGGAACUUCACAGGGAAAUAUAUGAUAGGGCCAAGCAAAGUCUAAUUGAAGAAAAACUGUUUCCACAAGGCAUAUUAGAUAUACCAUAUGAUCCACAGUUUGCAAUUCGAGGACUACACCAUGACAGGGAGAAGAAUAUUUUGAUGAAGCUUGACAAUUUUCUUCGGAUUGAGCCAGGAACUGUCUACCGUGGUCGGACAUCUCUCACUGAAGUCGAGAUCCGGAAAUUGUAUGGAGGCAAUCAAGUGUCAAUAGUUGACUUGGAUAUCUUCUCAGAGAAUGGCAAGAAAUCUAGAAAAGUUCGACAGUUUUUGGACAUGUUUGCUUUGCCAGAGAUGACUCUGUUGUGUGACUGCACACAGUAUCUAAUGGAUCAGGAAAUCCCAUUCGAUCACAAGUAUCUUGCUUCAGACGUUGAGUUUGUCAUAAGAAAGUUACAUACAUCACAUACUGUACAUGAGAUCAUCCUUUCUGACAAAGACAGAUACAUUAGACGCGAUGAGGCAAUUGUCACUUUCUUAAAUUGUCUCAAAGCUGCUGGAAAGAAGCUGUUUGUUGUGACUAACAGCAAGUUCUCAUUUGUGGAUCAAGGCAUGCGUCACAUUAUUGGUGCUGACUGGAGAGAUCUGUUUGAUGUUGUGGUGGUACGAGCGAGGAAACCAACAUUCUUUACAGAUUCUGGCAGACCGUUUCGCUCACAGCAUCCAGAAUGUGAUACUCCAACAUGGAGAAAGAUAAUGAAAUUUGAACAGGCCGGAGUCUACCAAGAAGGUAACGUCGAUCAGCUGAUGGAACUGACCGGAUGGCAUGGAGGGAAAGUACUCUAUUUUGGAGAUCACGUCUAUACUGAUUUAGCGGAUCCAUCCAUGAAGAAUGGUUGGAGGACAGGUGCCAUUAUUCCCGAACUGGAGAACGAAAUCAAGAAAUCUAGUAGUAUUGAUUAUCAGCGGAAACUAAGAUGGGUAUUGACUCUAAAGCAACUAGUUGAAAAGUUUCAGUAUGAAUCAAAGGGAGAACCGCCUGGAACUCUCAGCAAUUGGUUGAAAGAGGCGGCAAUGUUGAGGAGCAAUCUAAAAGUACAAUUUAAUCCAUACUUUGGAAGUAUUUUUCGAACUCAUCAAAACCCGACCUAUUUCUCUUGGCGUCUGGCACGCUUUGCGGACAUCUACACCUCGUCAUUAGGAAACCUGAACAACUACUCACUGAGCCAUCGGUUUUAUCCACAUCGUGCAGCUUUACCUCACGAGUUAAACAUUGUCCCAGAUCUGUACAUAUGAACACAAUAUCAUGGAGCAAUUUGGAUAGCAAGUAUCUGUAUGUGUAUACAGUGUUGUAUUGAUUUUAGAAUUGAUGCUUUGUGGAUCGAGACAGAGAUAGAUAGAUGUGUAGCAAUUUAGAAACUACCAGAGCAACUCAAAAGACAGAAAACAGGAUUAUUUUACAUUUAUUGUUGUAUUCAGUGUACAUGAUCAAAUUGAUAUUAGCAAAUGC